AUGGCGGAGAGGCCCGAGGACCUGAACCUGCCCAAUGCCGUUAUUACCAGGAUCAUCAAGGAGGCGCUCCCGGACGGUGUGAACAUCUCCAAGGAGGCCCGGAGCGCCAUCUCCCGCGCCGCCAGCGUCUUCGUGCUGUACGCCACAUCCUGUGCCAACAACUUCGCGAUGAAAGGCAAACGCAAGACACUGAAUGCCAGUGAUGUGCUCUCGGCCAUGGAGGAAAUGGAGUUCCAGCGCUUCGUUACCCCGUUAAAGGAAGCUCUGGAAGCUUAUCGGAGGGAGCAGAAAGGCAAAAAGGAAGCGUCGGAGCAGAAGAAGAAGGACAAAGACAGAAAAGCAGAUUCAGAAGAGCAAGACAAGAGUAGAGAUGAGGAAAUUGAUGAAGAUGAGGAGCGGCUGGAAGAAGAAGAACAGAAUGAAGAGGAGGAAGUGGACAACUGA